UUAAUAGUCCAAAAAUGAUGGGCAAAAUAAAACUAGGGCUGAUACUGCUCCUAGCACAAGCAGUGUCCGAGAAAACAGAGCAUCCGCAUAUGAGAGUGUUCAACAAACUCAUCGAAAGGACCAGCAAAAACACGCCAAUUCAGACAUUACUUAUAAUGCAGCACCAUCUAGACAAAAACUGCUCCAUGCAAGAUUGGAAUCCCGACGGUAUUCCCAUUCUACGUACCAACGAGCUUAUUCAAAUGGAGGUAAAGAAGAACUUCAACCAGCUGGCAUUGUCAGUGGUCUGCCUACAGGACACAUCGCACAUGAUUCUGCUCCUGAAUGCUCUGGCCAAGUCUCUCCACCAUGUGCGGCAUUCGCGAAUUAUUUUGUGGAUGCAGGGAAAACCAACAGAGGACUUCCUCAACCAGAUCUCCAGCCAAGCCGAGGAACAUAAAUUUCUUCUUAUGCUCGUUUUGGGACAUGAUCAAAGUGAAGAAGUUUCCAUCCAUCGUCUGUGUCCAUUUCCCAGUCCUCACUUUGAGCGGAUUGAGAGUACUUCGAGCUUUGGGGCAAAAGUUUUCUUCAGAGAUAAACUCAACUACCAAGGAAAAAAGGCCAUUGUGUCGCCCAACUGGAAUUCUUCCUAUAGUUUAACCACCAAGUAUGGACCGACUGGCUUCUUCCCUAUCAGACGGGUCGAGGACAAGAAUAUAAUUGAGUUUGCACUGAAAUUCAAUGUGACUCUGGUAUUGGCUGACAACAAAUACUCCAAGACAACCGAACCGUACUACGAUCUUCAGCUGAAUCCUCGCGUGGUCUCGUCGAGCGAUCUUAUCAUCCACAGAGAAAGUGUCAAUGCCUUCGCUGUAUCCUCACUGAUGGUUGUGGUGCCGUGCAACAGAGUAAAAAGCAUUACAGAAGUAUUCCAUAAGCUGGAUGUAAAGACCUGGCUAACUUCCAUUCUAUACGUCUAUGUCACAUUCGUGGUGGUGGAGUCACUUAUUAUAGUUAUUUCUUAUCGCAUCUCAGGUCACUCCUAUCGCCUAACCAGCCUGAAUCCUUGCAUGAAUACUCGCGCUUUUCGGGCCAUUCUAGGUCUGCCAUUUCCCGUUGGUCCCAGGGCGAGCGUUUCGCUCCGUCAGCUCUUCCUGGCCAUGAGCAUAUUCGGGAUGAUCUUUAGCAGCUUCUUCAACUGCAAAUUGAGUUCACUGCUGACGAAGCAUCCCCUGGAACCGCAAGUGGAGAACUUUGAGCAACUUCAGGAGAGUGGCCUGACCGUGAUUGCAGAUACAGAGCACCGAUCCUUUAUCGAGAGUGUACUCAAUAAAGAGUUCUUCAGGCGCCAUAUACCAAAUGUGCAGUACGUGGAAAAAUCGGAGCGUGAUAGAAUGGUUAUGACCAAGAAUGACAGUGUAGCUUACAUAGUUUUUGCUGAGUAUUGGGCAAUAAUUGAUAGUGUACAGCAAAUACACGGAGAGAAGACCAUGUGCAAGUCAAAGAAUCUGUCUAUAGUAGAGAGUCUACCAAGGAUGUACAUACUGCAAAAGGAUUCCGUAUACUGGUAUCCACUGGCCAGGUUCUUCUCCGCAUUUUACGAGUCUGGAAUACCUUUGUAUUGGGUGCGCAGUUUCCCAAGGUCUCUCAAAAACUAUUUUAAUGUCACUAUGGAUCCGAAAGUGGAGGCAGCAUUUGAGCCUUUGUCCCUCCAGCACAUCAAAUGGCUAGGCUGGGUCCUUGGCUUCGGCUACGGAUUGGCCACUUUGGUCUUUCUUGUGGAACUCUAUAUUGGAAAUGCAAAGAGAAAGGUUGCAAGCAAAGAAGCUGAGCCUCCAAGAGACCAGGCAUUGGCUGCUGUGUAA